AUGAGAGGAAUAAGGAGACGUACGGCCAAGACCGUCUCCCACGAGCAUCCAGUCACCGUCUUUGUCUUCAUAAGAGGGAACAUAGUCACACAUUUAUCUUUUGGGCAAGUCUUUUCUUGGAGUCUGCUCCAACUUCUGAUGUCUGUUCUGAGAACCAUGCUAGCUCAGCCUAACCUAGCAAAGCCUCCGUCGAACCCUAGCUCACCACCAACUCCACUGUCAUCUCCCCCACCGACUCCUCUGUCAUCUCCCCAAGGAACUCCGAACCCGGUUCCCAAUGCUCUGAUUGCUUCCGGAACUCCGAACCCGGUUCCCAAUGCUCCGAUUGCUUCCGGAACUCUGAACCCGGUUCUCAAUGCUUCGAUUGCUUCCGGAACUCCGAACCCGGUUCCCAAUGCUCUCAAUGCGCCUCCUGUCCCUACGGGUCUCACGACGAGGUUCUCUACCAAUGCCCAAUUUAAAUCGUUCAUGGUGAAAGUCAACCUCCUCUUGUACAACACUUUGACCAUCUUAAUGGUCGUUUAUGCUCGGAAGGAGAAGGCCGAGAAGGAAACCACCGCUGAAUCUGCCGUGAUGUACAUCGCUUGGCUCAUGUACUUGGAGUUUGGGGUAUUGGAUGCCUGGAACAGAGCAAUGAAUCCAGGUGAUAGGGUCUACGGAGAGAUAUCUAUUCUUUCAGGUUUAAUACUGAUUUGGUCUCUCCUAGAUAUCCUCGUAGGUGAUGAUAGUUAUUUGAUUUGGGUAUAUUGUGGAACUGGUGGUCUCUCAACCUCUCCUUACAUUCUUCCUCACGUUUCUCGAUUCAUUAAUGCAAUUAUGGAUUGGUUUGCGAAUUGCUCUCCGAAUGGGGUUGUGAAUUGGCUUUUCCCUUUGAUUGGGAUUUAG